AUGAACUCUCAAGGUGCUGGAAGUGUUGACAACAUUCGAAAUUCUGGUCCAAACAUGACCAAUGACGGUGCCGAUAGAAAAGAUAUGAAUGACAAUCAAAACCAGCAAAAUCAACCAAAUUCAAAUUACAACGGAAUGAACCAACAAUUCGGAAAUGGUAAUUUCGAUCAAAGAGGAAACCAAUACAAUCAGCAAAAUUCAUAUCAAAAUCAAAGACCGUAUUUUCAAGAUAAUAAUUUUAAUCCCAAUGAUAGAAAUCAAGGCAAUUACAAUAGAUUUGAUCAGAAUGGCCCAAAUGAUCGUAACUAUCGAGGAAAUUACAACUAUAAUGACGGAUUUGAUGGCAGAAAUAGAAAUUAUCCAAAUGACAAUUUUAGAGAUGAUUAUGGCAGGAGAGAUUAUAACGAUAGAGGAAGACCCGAUGAUAAUUAUCAAAAUUCGAGAUUUGGAGGAAAUCAAAAUCAAUAUAACGAUUACGGAAGAAACCGACCAAACGAUUACAACAGAAAUAGAUACGAUAACGAUUACAUGAAUGGUCCAAACCAAGGCUAUGGUUAUAACCAGAGGAAUAUGAACUUAUUUGACCAAAGAAAUCAGAAUUUUAGAAACGAUUAUGGAAAUCAAGGAAAUUUCGGCGGAAACUUCGGCCAAAAUAGAGAUAAUCAACCUCCAUGGAAUGAUAAUGAUAGAUAUAAUCAAUAUGAUCAAAGAAACCAAAACUCUCGAAAUUAUAAUUUUGGAAAUCAAGGAAACUUUGGUGGAAAUCAAGGUAAUUUUGGUGGCAAUGAUUACAACCAAGGAAAUGGUAAUGACAUGGGUAAUCAAAACCAAUUUGGCCAAAGAAAUCAAAAUGAUAAUUUUGGAAAUCAAGGAAACUUCGGCGGAAAUCAAGGAAAUUUUGGCGGUAAUGACUAUAACCAAGGAAAUGGAAAUGAUAUGGGCAAUCAGAAUCAGUUUGGUCAGAGAAAUCAAAAUUAUCAAAAUGAUAAUUUCGGAAAUCAAGGUAAUUUUGGCCAAAAUCAGGGUAAUUUCGGUGGAAAUGACUAUAACCAAGGAAAUGGUAAUGAUACGGGUAAUCAAAAUCAGUUUGGCCAAAGAAAUCAAAAUGAUAAUUUCGGAAAUCAAGGAAAUUUUGGCCAAAAUCAAGGUAAUUUUGGUGGAAAUCAAGGUAAUUUCGGUGGAAAUGAUAAUGGUAAUUCUUACAACCAGAAUUACAAUGAUAAUUCCUCUUCUUCCAAUAAGAAAUCAUCUAAUUUCGGUGGAGGAUAUUCAUCAGGAGGCAGAAGCAAAGAUACAACACUUCUUUGCGAAGAAAUAGAAAAUUCUGCUUCAGAAAGAGUUGAUGGAGAUUUUCAAAGACUGAAUAUGUCUGUUGGACUUGUUUCUGAUCAAGAAUUUGAAGAUUUCAAAAUAAGAGAGAACAUAAAAAUCAUUGGAGAUUGUCCACAUCGAUUAUUCCAAUUUAAUCCACAAAUGAUGCUUCCUGAACUUUUCCAAAACGUAAGAGAGCAAAAUUGGACAGAACCAACACCAAUCCAGAAAAUCGCAAUUCCUAUUGUUAUGUCUGGCAUGAAUCUUGUUGGAAUUGCUCAAACAGGAUCAGGAAAGACUGCUGCCUAUUUGAUUCCUGCAAUUACAUAUGUAAUUAAUCAAAAUAAGAAGAGAGGACCACAUGUUUUGAUUAUGGCAAAUACAAGAGAAUUAGUUAAACAAAUACAAGAAUUUGGUGAAAUUUUGACUAAAAACACAUCAGUAAAAGUAGCUGUUGCUUAUGGAGGAGAAAACAACAGAAGGCAACAAAUAAGAGAUAUUGCUGGCGCUGAUAUUAUUGCUGCUGCUCCUGGAAGAUUAUUAGAUUUCAUAAGAAAUAACAACAUCAAACCAGAAUCAAUUGGAAUUGUUGUUAUUGAUGAAGCAGAUAAAAUGGUUUCAAAUGAUUUUGAACCUCAAUGCAAAGCUGUUAUAUCAAGAUGUCCUAAAAACAUCCAAACUCUUAUGUUUUCUGCGACAUGGCCAGAUGAAGUUCAGUUUAUGGCACAAAAUUAUUUGGGAGAAUACAUCAGAGUUAUUGUGAAUUCAAGGGAAUUAACAAUUAACAUUAACAUCAAGCAGAUGGUCAUUGAAAAAGAUAGGGAUAGCUUAAGACAACUCGGAGAAAUAGUUGAAGGUAUAAAGAGAUCAAAAGGUAAUGAAUCAUAUCCGAAAAUUAUUAUUUUCUGUAAAACAAAGAGAACUGUUGAAGAAGCACAUGAUUAUCUUGCACCACAUAUUAAAGUUGUUUAUACUCAUGGUGAUGUCAAUCAAAUUGAUAGAGAAAAGGCUUUAAACGCAUUCAAACAUGCAAAUUAUCCAAUUGCAAUGGUUUGCACAGCAGUUCUCAGUAGAGGUAUUGAUGUAAAUGAUAUUACACAUGUUGUGAACCUCGAUAUGCCUGAUUCUAUUACUGAAUACGCUCAUAGAAUUGGAAGGACAGGUAGAAUGGACAGAACAGGAGUCGCAAUCUCUCUUUUCGAUAGAAGAAAGGAUGAUAGACUUAGAUAUGAACUUCGAAAGUAUAUGGAACAAGCUGGACAAGAUAUUCCAGAUAUUUUGCAAUAA